CUUUCUUAUUGUUACAGUUGUGAGCUUUGGGACAGAUCUUUGGCCAAGGAAAAAGCUUUACAAAAAGAAACAAAGAAAAACCCAAACCCCAGAGUAGGCCUUGUUUUUUCUUCACAUAUAUUUUUUUCUCCCUUCUCUUUCUUUGCAUGAGGCAGGGCUAUGAUUGAGUGAACCAGACAAAGGCUUCCUCGCUGUCCAAACCUAUCUUCUUCAGCUUCCUUGUUCUUUUUUGUUCUUCUUCGUAUUUUUACUCUUCCCAUUUUUUGUUUUCUGAUUAGACCCGUGAAAAUAAAAAAAAAUGGGAAAUGCUGCUUUUGUUUGGUUGGUGUAGUGAAAUGAGUGAUCUUUAUUUUCCCCGGAAAAUGAGGGAAAGCGUAAGAAAAUAAGUAUAGGCAAAACCAGCUGGAAAGAAAAAACACCCAAUAUUUUUAUUUUCUUGUCUCAGACACAUUCUCUCUUUUUUUUUUCUUCCUUCCCUGUUUCUCUUUUUUUUUGGUGCUUUUUUCUGGGGCUGCAACAUUUGAACAGGAAAUGAGGAAGCACGGAUGGCAGCUUCCUUAUCAUCCACUCCAGGUGGUGGCUGUUGCUGUGUUCUUGGCACUUGGAUUUGCUUUCUAUGUGUUCUUUGCUCCUUUUGUUGGGAAGAAGAUGUUUCAAUAUAUUGUGAUGGGAAUCUAUACUCCACUUAUUAUGUGUUGUUUUGGCCUAUAUAUUUGGUGUGCCGCGGCGGAUCCUGCAGACCCUGGAGUUUUUAAAUCUAAAAAGUAUCUCAAAAUUCCCAAUAAUGGAAAGUAUUCUGGAGCUAAGGACUCUAAAUUAGGUGGGGAUUCAACUGCAUCCAUGCAUGAUCAUAAUACUACUUCUGCUGGAGGAAAACCUCUGGAUAAGGAUGCAGCAGGUACAGAUGAAACCGUGAAAGACAAAGGUGUUGAAAUUGAGGGAAACAAGGCUUCAUCAGAGCAAUCAUCUUGUUUGCUAUGGAUUUUCUCUCCUUGUGCUUUUAUCUGCAAAUGCUCUAGCUCAAAUGAAGAAUCUUCUGAGCAACAUAUGAGUGAAGAUGGCAUGUUCUAUUGCAGUUUGUGUGAAGUUGAGGUCUUCAAAUAUAGCAAGCACUGCAGAGUCUGUGACAAAUGUGUUGACCGUUUCGAUCAUCACUGCAGGUGGCUGAACAACUGCAUAGGAAAAAGGAACUACCGACAAUUUUUCACUCUCAUGGUUUCUGCUCUUCUAUUGCUUAUUUUACAAUGGUCGACUGGAAUCCUUGUACUUAUCUGCUGUUUCAUUGAGCGGAAGCAGUUUUCUGUGGAUAUCUCAUCAAAGUUAGGAAGCAGUUUCUCUUUGGUUCCAUUUGUUAUUGUGGUUGCAUUGUGCACCAUUUUGGCCAUGAUCGCAACAUUACCUCUUGCACAGCUUUUCUUCUUUCACAUUCUACUUAUAAAGAAGGGAAUCAGCACAUAUGAUUACAUUAUAGCCUUACGGGAGCAGGAGCAAGAGCAACAAGGAGUUGGUGGUCAGCAGAGUCCGCAAAUGUCACCUGCCAGCUCACUUACUGGAUUAAGUAGUGCUAGCUCCUUUUCUACUUUUCACAGGGGUGCAUGGUGUACACCCCCGCGCCUCUUCCUUGAAGAUCAGUUUGAUGUUGUUCCUCCCGAUACUGGAUCUGUGAGUUCAUUUGGGAAAAAGAUGGUAGGGGAAGAACCAUUUAAGAAGAAGAACCCAGGAGCAGUUAAGAUCAGUCCAUGGACGUUGGCACGGUUAAAUGCAGAAGAUGUUUCAAAAGCCGCAGCUGAAGCAAGGAAAAAGUCCAAAAUCCUGCGGCCUGUGGUGAGACAUGAAGCCCCUUUUGGGCUAGAGGCAGACAGCAGCUUUGGCAGCAGUGGCCGGCGAAUGUUCCCAAGGCCUGAUGGCAACAGAAGACGAGCAUCUAAGCGGGUGCGUCUUCCAGCUGACCUACCCCUGGACCCCUUAAUGAACAUUUCUGCUAAAGCUGCUGAAAAAGGUUUGAAUGACACAUCAAGUAGUUUGGCACCUCUUCAAAUGGAAGCACGAAGUGCUUUCCAAACAAGCCGAGCAAUGUCAAGCUCCGUUGGGAUUGUUGCAUCUUCACCUGAGAGCAGUUUGGACUCACCUGAUAUUCAUCCAUUUCGGGUCUCCUCAUCAGGAGCUGAAGAAUCAAGACGGCUAACAGGUUUACCUGCUGUCAAUAUGGCUGCUCUGAAGGGAUUUCCAUUGUCAAGGUCUACUAGUGAUGGGUAUGAAGCGUCUGGUGGGGAAGAUAGUGAUCGAGUUCCUUCCAGGAUUGUCCAGAGAUCAACAAACUGGAGCAAUGUUCUCUUUGGUUCUGAACAGGAUGAGACGGUCGUUAAACUAAAAGCACCAUCUUCAUCCAGCCAGGCUAAUAUUAGAAUGCUAUGACUGAUUGUGGUUAAAAAGUUCAUUCUUUAAUUUUAUGGGCCCAAGAAUUUCGUGUACUUAGUGAGGUCCUCAUUCAAUUGAUUUGGAAUUUUGAAUAUUGCGUUUGAGAUCUUCAACUCAGGGCCUAGCCUAAUGGGGAAGAGAUGACAACGGCUGUAAAGACAACUCUGAUUUCCGUCGAGGCAACACUAUCUACGGGAGUUUCAAUCAAGUCAGUCCUUUGGUAACUUGCAUUGGGGAUGGCAAGAAGGAAAGGUUUUGGCUACGUACUGGGUAUAAUACUCCAUUGUACUUCAGUGUGGGUUUUGGUAAAAAAGUGAUUCCUAAUGGACCUCCCUUAAGCAUCUCCUCAGUUUCUGAAAAAAAAAAGUGAAAAAUUUACGGAUAGUCCAUGUUACAUCUCUCCUCUCUUCUUAAGUAUGUGCCCUUGCAAGCA